GUAUUAAUGCAUUGAUUGUGUUGUGCGUCGACUCCUAAGUGUUAGUCUAGACUUGAAUUGUGUUAAUAAUAAUAAUAUACACAAACAAUAGCCAAAUAAUGAGUGCCAUCGAUGUCUUAAGUAUGUUAUGAUUGAUACCAUAAACAGCAACUGUCACCACAAGCACAAUGUCGGGAACUAUUCUGGAGAAUCUGUCAAACAAGAAGUUAUCGAUUGUCUUAUCGAUAAUUCUUGUCAUUCAAUUGAUAUCCUUUUUCAUUGGCGCCUUCAUCGCACCGGCUCCUUCCAGCACCGAACAGGUGACGGCCACCAAAUGUAUUACCGAAAAUCCCAAAGAAUUGGCUAUUCCUCGGGCAGUGGUUCAGCCAAAUAAAAUUCAAGCACAGAAUUGCCGGUCUUUUGAAGAGACAAUGAUUGGUCACAGUAACAUAACAUUUGCAUUUCAACUGCCACUUCCUCGAGAGGGCUUUCAACUGGAUUACAGUCGUUGGCAGCAAAACUUGUUGACAAUUCUGGUACCGGACGUGAUGUACGACAAUCGUAUGUCCACUCAUCGCGGCAACAAUAACGACGAAUAUGUCAAUUCAACCAUCAGAUUGAAUGUGCGAUUAGCCGUCAGAAAUAUUGGCGACAAGAAUUGGAAAAUGUAUGCAAACAAAUACAAUCUUAAGAGAACUAUUUCCUGUAAAAUUGAGGCAAACAAACGGAUCCAUGGCUAUAAAUAUGAUUGCGAUCUCAUACAACUCUUUGAAUUGCAAUCAUUGUUUUAUGACUACUACUUAAUUAAUCUGCAAUUUGCCGAUUCGGAUAAUGAUUUGGGCGCCUAUUUAAGUGAUUUGCAAUUAGUAGAGAUUCACCAAAACGGUGGGUUCACUAAAAUCUGGUUAUUCCUAAAGUCAGUGUUCACUUUCAUAACAUUGCUGACACUGCUCUGGUUUUCAAAACGUUUGGGACAAUUACACCGCGAAACGACUUUAUUGGAGAAAACGCUGAUUGUAUUGGGAUGUGCUAUAACUCAACUGAACAUUCCGGUCGAGUUCUUGAGUUUAUGGUUUGACAUUAAAUUGAUGUCAUUUCUGUGUGAUCUAAGACAAGGAAUAUUUCAUUGCGCUCUUCUGUCGUUUUGGAUUAUAUUCAUUGGCGAACAUCUAUUGGACGGUAUUCAUAGAUCCCGAUUAUCUUCAUAUUACAAACAAUUAAGUAUCGUAUUGGUUGCAUAUAUGGCACUAUUUGUAUUUGAUUUGAGUGAACGAGGCAUCCAAUGGUUUGAUCCCUUCUUUACCAUUUGGGAAGUGGACUCAAGAUUUGCUUUGAUUUUUAUCAUAACCGCCAGUAUUGCUUCAAUUGGUUAUUUCGCUUUCUUGUGCUAUCAUAUCUGGAUUGCAUUUAGAAACAUAUCAACAAAACAAACUACUUUACCAUCGAUGUCAUCAACACGUAGACUGAUAUACCAGGGAAUCAUUUAUCGGUUUAAGUUUCUUCUAUUGGCAACACUAGUCUGUGCGGCCGCAACUGUUGUCGCCUAUCUGAUGGGUCAGGUCACUGAGGAUCAGUGGUAUUGGGAUGAUAUGGACAACUAUAUAGCACCGCUACAGUGGACAAGUGCUAUGUUCACAACUGUCUACGCCCUCUGGAAUUGCUAUGUAUUAACACUACUUAUUCUGUACGCCCCCUCACAUAAAGAGUUGGCCACAAGUGUAGACUCGAUGUCUGAAGAAAUAGAAUUCAAUCGUUUGACCGAAAAUGAAGAAACCACCGAUAAAACCGAAGGACACGGAAGUACAUCGACUACUGAGUCAAAUGAUAUGAGACUUUUGCAACAAUUGGCCACAAAAUCCAGUAUCGAUUAAAAUCUUAAUAUUUACUCAUUAUUUGUGUAUAAUUUUUAUUACGUUAAACUUUUUUUCAC